GUGACGUGCCCGUGUUUUGAAUCGUGCGGGCUGCGGGCUAACAGGCAGCACGGACGGGAAGCCUGGGACCACCGCACCGACCAGCCUCCCCUGCUGCAUCUGGGGGAACCGUAGAGCUCCAUGUCCCCGUGAUUUACUUCACACUCCGCAUCAGCGCGUUCAGCCCGUGUUCUCUCCGCCGCGCAGCAGAGCAGGAGAACGCGAUGGACCUCCACAAGAUCAUCCACAACACGCUGCAUGAAUUCAUCCAGAUUUACAUUCCCGGCGCAGAUCUCAGCAUGCUGGAUGAUGUCCUUCUGUCCUACAUCACUGGCGUCCUGGAGGAUCUCGGCUCCCAGCAGUGUGUUGAGGAGAACUUUGACGUGGAGGUCUUUGCUGAAAUGCUUGAAGCUUACAUCCCAGGCUUUGCUGAAAUUGACAGUGUAAAAGUCUGUGAAAUGAUGUUCAACCUGGCUUCAAAACUGGCCACUGCUCGAACCUCAGAGAACAGUGAGGCCAAGGCGAGGGCAGAGGAGACGCCUCUGAAACUCGCCACACUGACCAGUGAACGACCCCCCGAGAGAGAAACGCAGUGCCUUACAACGCAGAUAGAGGGCGCCACUGCUAUGCUACCAGUCUCAGAAUGGGAGACCCAGGAGCAGCACCUGCUUGAGAUGUUUCCUAAGUGUAGCCUGUCUGAGGCUCGCAGUGCCCUGUCUAUUGCCAAAGGAGACAUGGAGGAAGCUGUGCGCCUUAUCAUAGAGGGCGAUGUCCAACUCAGCCCCACUCCUCUAGAUGUGAACCAUGGGAAGACUAUUUCCUCACUGGCCGACCAGAAACUAAAAGAGAGCAUCCUUGAGAAGUACAUGUUGGUAGACAGAGAGGAAGACAAGAAAACCCAUCGGCCUGUCGCUCCCAAAGAUGCUCCAAAGAAGCUUGUUCGCUAUCACGGUAACCAAGUGGUAACCACCAAAGGAGAACGGUAUCAAUUGGUGAAGACAAACGAGACAGAGGACAUGAAGAAGACAUAUGUCAACCUCAAGCCUGCACGAAAGUACAGAUUCCAUUGAUGACAAGCACAGAAAGGCUACUGACAUUAUUGUUUACACUAUUUAAAAUGUGUUACAUUCAUUUAGCCUGACUUUGUUACAUUUUAAUUUUAAAGUAAAGGAAGAUUUGUUAAUGUGCUAGUUGCUUAUUUUAAACCAUUAUUUGCCUUGGUUGAGUCAUUUCAGUGUUUCAAUAGAAUCGCAAUUUGAAGACUUUUAAACCUAUGGUGUGAUAUUUUUUGUACCUUGUAUUUUUGUUUGUGUAAUUGCUUAACCUAUUUACAUUUUGCCAUCUCAGCAGGUCUGAUGUUGCACUGACUUUUUUUAUUCACUCCUAAUUUUUCUUUUAAUCGGGUGGAAAAUUUGAAAAUAAAUACGCUGCACACAGUAAAUUCAAUUAUAACAGCUGCAGAGGUGAAUAUAGCUUCUUUUCUGUAAAUACAUCUCAUUGAUACUGUAAAAUUUCUUCUAGGCAAUUUAAACCAUGGAUGCCAAUUUUAUUAAGUUUUUUUUGUUUGUUUGUUCUUUUCUCUUCACAUCAGGCAGAGAUAAUUCUGUGCAAUUGUGUGGUCAGGCCUUGUGUUGUGGACAAGUUCUUGUGCUUCAAAAUGGUUCCACACAACAGUUUUGUCUGAGACCACUUACUGCACAUGAUGUGUGUUUACUGUAAUAUGCAAUUUUUUGAGUUAAGUUAUUUUUGAUUACUUGAAAAGGAAACAAAAAAAGGAUGAGAACAUAAGCUUGUCUCAGAGCCACAUAACAUUAACCCAAAUAUUCCAUCACAUGUUCUACGCAGCCUGAGAGGAACUGUUAAAUAUUUGUCAGUGAUAACGCUAAGCUCUUAUAAAACAUAUGGUGCAACACGUUCACUUUCUAAGAUGUAUACUCUACUGCAUUGCUAUAAAUUCUGGCAGAACUGUGGUUGCUCCCUAAAUGUUAACCAAAACAUGCUGCUGGAGGGCUUCGUUCACAGUUAAUUCCAACAGGAUUGUCUUUAUUUUUGAUAUAGACAUUUAGAUUAGCAGUUUCUCUGAUCAUGCAUCUGUUGUAAAGAGGUGCUCAUGUGCUUUCAGGGUGUGUUUAUAUAAUGUUCUCUGUCAUGACUCCUUUUAUCUAAUUUCUGUGAAUUUUGCUUCACUUGUGGUUGUGGAAUUUUCUUGAUUGAUUUUUUUAUUUCUAGUUAAUCUAUCAGGAUAAAUGGCUUCAUUUGUUUUUUUAAACUAGGUAACGCCAGCUGUUUGUGUUUCAAACUCCAUCUGCUAGUGCAACUUCAAGCAUUUGGUUUUGAGUGGUGUUUUUUCUGAGGGUGGGUGUUACACAAUCAAGUGUUAAAGAUGUGUUACCAAUACGUGUCUUUAAAAACUAUAUGAUGGAGGUUACUGUAGAGCAUGGAGCGCAUUUAAUGAAACUGUUUGACCCCCCGAGAAACUGCUGAUGUACAAUUUAUAGUAAAUAAAUACUAAUUUUUGUAGACUGCAA